UCUUCUUGAAAGGAAACAAUGCCACCACGGGGCAGAUAAUUACACUCGCUCUGCCAGCACGCAAAUAACGCCAUUAUUUCCGUAAACAUUAAUUUUAUUCUUAGAUGAAGGUUUUGAGAGUGUAAACUAAAAAGGAGAAAGGAACACGAGGUCGCGCGCAAUCGUGGACGCGCGUUAAACUCGAAUCUUGAAGUUUGGUAAUCCGUUAGAAAAAGGCACGUCUUCAAGACAGGAUGGCUACUUUAGCUCUUGUACAUGUAGGAGCUAACCCGAAUUUCACCGGCCGUUAUAUUCAGUGUUUCUAAUGCAUUUACGCCUCGGAACUACUUGGAAGGAACUACAAUCGGUUUGCUCCAUAUCUAUUUUGGUUGAGGAAGGAACCCCUCGGUGGAUAAUAUUGGGCCGCCGAGUGCUGGGGCUCUGCCUUUGUGUUUUGUAUGAAAUCAGUGUUCUACUGCGGGGGAUUAUCGAGGUCGGGACACGUCAAGGUAGAUCUGCAUCAUUGUGGAUGGUACAAGUGAGCUGCUGUGUACAAAAGAGCACCGAAUUUCCCGGACUGGCCAGGAGAGUGACACAAGCUAAGCUAGGUUAUUAAAGCUAGCGUUGCGUUCAUUUUGUCUGGUAAUUAUGAACACUUUUCUGUUGGACUGUUGCUACCACUAAUUAUUUUUUUACAACCACAAACAUUCCAUUCAUUUCACGACUUAGCCACCGAAUGACGCACUGUAGGGUUCACAAUGUCCUUCUUUAACUUCCGUAAAAUCUUUAAAUUGGGGUCUGAGAAGAAGAAGAAACAAUACGAGCAUGUUCGACGAGAUGAAAACCCCGAGGAAAUAUGGAACAUUAUCGGUGAACUGGGAGACGGAGCCUUUGGGAAGGUGUUUAAGGCUCAGAACAGACAGACAGGUGUCCUCGCUGCUGCCAAAGUUAUUGACACAAAGACCGAGGAGGAGCUGGAGGACUACAUGGUGGAAAUUGACAUACUGGCCUCGUGUGACCACCCAAACAUUGUCAAGCUGCUUGAUGCUUUCUAUUACGAGGGCAAACUAUGGAUUCUCAUUGAGUUCUGUGCAGGAGGCGCUGUGGAUGCAGUCAUGUUGGAACUAGAGAGACCCCUGACAGAACCUCAGAUCAGGGUGGUAUGCCGGCAGACUCUGCAGGCUCUGGUCUACCUUCAUGACAAUAAAAUAAUCCACAGAGACCUGAAGGCUGGCAACAUUCUGCUCACUCUCAAUGGUGAUGUUAAACUGGCUGACUUUGGUGUGUCUGCCAGAAACAUCAAAACAUUACAAAGGAGAGACUCCUUUAUUGGAACGCCAUACUGGAUGGCCCCAGAGGUUGUCAUGUGUGAGACAUCUAAGGACCGGCCGUAUGACUAUAAAGCUGAUAUCUGGUCGCUUGGGGUCACCCUAAUUGAGAUGGCACAGAUUGAGCCACCCAAUCACGAGAUGAAUCCCAUGAGAGUCCUUCUGAAGAUAGCCAAGGCAGACCCUCCAACCCUGAUGCAGCCAUCACGCUGGUCUCCAGAAUUCAAUAAUUUCCUAAAGCGAUGUUUGGACAAAAACGUGGACAGCAGGUGGAACGCAACACAACUUCUGCAGCACUCAUUUGUGUCCAGCGUGACUGACAGCAAGCCUCUGAGGGAAAUAAUAGCUGAGGCCAAGGCUGAGGUGACCGAGGAAAUUGAAGAGCACAAAGAGGAAGAGGAGGAAGAAGAAACUGAAGCAAAUCUGGGUCAUAAACGUGCUCCAUCUGAUGUCAGCGUUGCCAGUUCUGAGGAUGAGAAGAUUCCUCUCUCUCCCACCAUCUUGGAAUCUGUCCCUGAGAAGGGUGAACCAUGUCUCCCAGUAGGCAACCACACAUUGGUCACUAGCUUUGUGGAGGAGCCUGCUACCCCUGAGGUCAGGGAGCAAAACGAGGAGAUCCCAGCUGGGAAUGAGGAAAAGCAACACAUGCUACUGGAAGGAAAGGAGGUGUCGGAACCAAACAAGGACUUGUCAUCCACACCUGUGAAAGAAAUUGCACAGCUAGAGAUAGCUUCUGAAGAUGAAAAGAAAGUUGACGGUGCAAAGGCUCUUGCAGAGGUUCCCACUGAUGAUGAAAACACCGCUCCUGUGAAGGAAUCAAAUAGACCAGCAGAGGAGGACACACACAGGCAUCUUAAUGUGGAUUUGACACCACAGAGUCAGGAUGAAGUUGCCUCAAAAGAGGAGCCUACAGAAAAGGAGCCAACUCUCCCAGAGAAAGCUAAAGAUGACAAAGAGAGAGAUUCUGAUUCUGGAAUUAGCUCAGCUGCAGAAAACAGCAGCAUGGACCUCAAUCUGUCUAUCUCCAGCUUCCUGUCCAAAACAAAAGAACCUGGAUCUGUUUCCGUUCAGGAGACACGACGUCAAAAGAAGACGCUGAAAAAGACGCGCAAGUUUGUUGUGGAUGGGGUGGAAGUCAGCGUGACUACGUCAAAGAUCAUUACAGAUCAUGACACGAAGAACGAGGAGAUGAGGUUCCUGAGACGCCAGGAGCUGAGGGAACUGCGUCUCCUGCAGAAGGAGGAGCAGAGGGCCCAGCAGCAGCUCAGCAACAAGCUGCAUCAGCAGAAAGAGCAGAUUUAUCGCCGCUUUGAACAGGAGACCACAGGUAAGAAGCGUCAGUACGACCAGGAGGUGGAGAACCUGGAGAGGCAGCAGAAGCAGACCAUUGAGAGGCUGGAGCAGGAGCAUACCAACCGACUGAGGGAUGAGGCCAAACGCAUCAAAGCUGAGCAGGACAAAGAGUUGUCCAAAUAUCAGAACAUGCUGAAAAACCGUAAAAAAGAGGAGCAAGAGUUUCUUCAGAAGCAGCAGCAGGAUCUGGACAGCGCUCUGAAGAAAAUUAUCCAGCAGCACAAACAUGAGCUGGCCACCAUUGAGAGAGACUGCCUGAAUCACAAGCAGCAGCUUCUUCGAGCACGGGAAGCAGCCAUGUGGGAGCUAGAGGAGCGCCAUCUGCAGGAGAAACACCAGCUGUUGAAGCAGCAGCUGAAAGACCAGUACUUCAUGCAAAGGCAUCAGUUGCUGAAAAGACAUGAGAAGGAGAUGGAGCAAAUGCAGCGCUAUAACCAGCGCCUGGUUGAAGAGAUGAAGAACAAGCAGACCCAGGAGAGAGCAAGACUGCCAAAGAUCCAGCGCAGCGAGGCCAAAACCCGUAUGGCUAUGUUCAAGAAGAGUCUUCGCAUCACCGGGGCGGCCGUCACCCCCGAGCAGGAGCGGGAGAAGGUCAAACAGUUUGCUUUUCAAGAAGAGAAGAGGCAGAAGAACGAACGACUCCACCAGCAUCAAAAGCACGAGAACCAGAUGCGAGACUUGCAACUCCACUGCGACGCCAACAUCAGAGAGCUUCAGCAACUGCAAAAUGAGAAAUGCCAUCUUCUGAUCGAACAUGAGACCCAGAAGCUGAAGGAGCUGGAUGAGGAGCACAUCCUGGAGCUGAAGGAGUGGCGGGAGAAGCUGCGGCCCCGCAAGAAGGCCCUAGAGGAGGAGUUUGCCAGGAAGUUGCAGGAGCAGGAAGUCUUUUUUAAAAUGAGCGGGGAGUCCGAGUGCCUUAACCCCUCAGCACAGAGUCGCAUCUCCAAGUUCUACCCGAUCCCCAGCGUCCAGUCCACGGGUUUCUAGGCCGACUCUCAUGUCGACACGGCAGACGGUGCCUUGAGGUUCUACUGGAAUCUCCGACGUGGAGGAUGGAAGAGGCUUUUCUCUCUGGACUUUCUCUUGCAACUGGGAUUGAAAUAUGAAAUCUAGCAGUCUGAAUUUAAAUGUAAGCAGAUUCUUGUCAUGAACUGCUGCUUUUUCUGCUUUAGAAAACAAAUCUCAUAACAUUUGAUCGCAACUAACAAAUGACUGUCAUUUAGUGUCUAUGUUUUGAAGUAUAACUGUGCUAGUAUCAUGAGAAAGGCGCAUCAGUUUGUUUUGCAGUCCGAAAAGCCUUUCUGUCUCAAAGCAGUAAAUGUGUGUGAUGCACAACAGCGAAAGUGAAAGCAGUCAGCUGGACACAAUGCCGGAUGAAUAAAUAUGAACAGCUUGAUGAUCCAGAGAAGAGAUUGUCAGUGUGUUUCAUCAACAAACCAGCAUUUAUUCGCCUGAAAAGCAUUUUCCCAACAUUCAGUUAACUCUAGGAACCCGUCAAAUCAUAUUGUGUAAUGUGUACAUAUUUUUUUCUUCAUCAGCAUCCAAAUAAAGCAUUUCACCAGCA